AUGGAAAAAUACCAGCAAAUGAAAGCAUUCAUUUCGGUGGCUGUAGAUUAUAACAAGCAUCCCAAUGAAAACGCUACGUCCGAUAUACAAAGGAAUCUCGGGGUAAUAAGUGCAUCAUUGGAUCUCAGUAUAUUUGAUCCUGGCACCAGUAUAGCUGCAGAAUUUUAUGUGAGCUUGUAUGAGCUUAUGAACUCUUUGGGAUCUCGAUCUACUUUGAUCUGGAGCACCAUAGAUGUUUUACAAAAUGUUUGCCGAAAUGUUCCUGCUAGACAAGCACUUAUUCAUACAUACAAAUUUGCCCCAAUAUUGGCAAGGUUACUAGAAGCAAAUUUGACGACUGAAAAGAGGAUAAGAGUUUUGAAAUUACUUCAAGAAUUAACAUAUGGAAUUAAAAUAUCAUGGCAAGAAGCUCAUCUUCCAUAUUUAAUUUCUAUCUUGACUCAAUGGAUUGAACAAUCAAAAGAAGAAGAAAUUAUUGCUCUUUCUUUAGGAGUGCUGGUAAAUCUAUGUUAUAAAAAUCUUCCAGCAGUAUACACAUUGAUGAGAACUAUCAAAACUAAAGAGUUCAUUCGAACAUUACUGAAGCUUCAAGAUCAUCUCAGUACUAGUGUGCAAUGUUGUAAACUCUUAAUUAUACUUGAACCAACUAAUACAAACAUUUCUGAGAAAUAUAUCUUGGACUUUGCAUCACUGACUUUUGUCAAUCUCAGGACAGCAAUGAGACAAAAGGAUAUUUUAUUAUUAAGACAUAUUAUCGAUUUCUUCAAUGAUGUUGGACAAAAUGAACAUUCUCGAAAUGUGCUGCUUACAUAUUCAAAUUACCAGAAAGAUGUUGAUAAUACACUGGCUACAUUGGAAGAGGAAACAGAUCCAGAAUGUGUUGCUCUUAUAAUGGAAUUUUUAUUAUCAUUAGUGAAGUUGAAGUUACCUGCCUUAAUUCCUUUAUAUCCUGCUUGUAUAAAAUCAGCUAUGACAUGGGUACCUGUGGAACAAGUGUGCUCUAAAGCUUUAGCACUUAUACGAACUGUAAUUAUUGAUUCACGACGCACCAAAACUUCCACUGACGUUCUAACAGAACUAGAUCCAUCUGUUCUUAUGCUCAUAACGAAUUCAGGAGAUGAAAUUAAUGACCAAAAUAGAAGUAGGAACGCGGAGACAGAAACUAGACAAGCUGAAUUAAUGCAACUGUUUCAAGAAAUGAUCAAGAGCAUUCCACUCAGAAAGAAGAUCAUGCAGUCGUUUAGUGAACACGAGAUGCGUAUUUUAUUCAGCCAUAUGCUAGAUAAUGAAUUUUCUGCUGCUGGAGAUUGGACUGGGAAUUUCAUCCAGAAUACUUCUAUCAAUCUUUAUAUUCACGCGUUAGUUUUAACGGCGGACUUGGCAGCGAAUCAUUCCAAUUGGUUAACAUUGUACUCCGAAUUGCUCAGUAGAAAACAAGUGCAAAUGACAAUGGCAUUAGCAUUAUUCACUGGUGACAGCGAGGUGAAGCAGAAAGUCUUGCAGUUAACAUCCUCGGUUGGGUUUCCACAGGAAUGUGUUGUCGCAGUGGCACUUUGCAUGAAAGAAUUAGAACCAUUGGUACUAGUGCAAAGUACUAACAGUGAUAUAUUGAGAAAUAUUACAAACAAGACACCUUUGAAUUAUACCGGAAACGAAAUGGCACCUUUAUUCUCGAUCGCACAAGAGGAGCGUCUUGAUGCGUUUUUGACCAGAUUACAAUCGGCUUUCGAAUCAAAUCAGAUAGCAGAUAUUCCGACAUCCGCGGUAAUGGAAUUAUACGAGUAUAAGUUAGCAGCAAUGAGGCAUUCCGAAAGGGCGAUGCAAUCGAGCUUAGAAGCGGCGAAUAAUCAUUCCACCAGUCUUCAGCAUAGAGUAGCACAAGUGGUAGCUGAAUCUUGUAGAUUACAUCAACUACUAUUCGAUACCCAGCAAUGUUUAGAAGGAACAAAAGCUGAAAAAAUUAUAUUAACAGGAAAGCUCAGUGAGAUGGAGGAUCAAUCCAAGAAAGUGCUUUUGAUCAAGAAAAAAGAAAUCGAAUCUUUGAAAAAAAUUGUGAUGGAGAAAACAGCGAAUAUAGAAUACUUGAACGAGAAACUAACGCAACGUACGAAGGAACUAGAAGUCAGUAAUAAUAAAAUUGAUACAUUAAAUAGGAAAGUCCAGGAAUCAGAAAAUGAACGCGUAACUGCUGAAACGAAAGCUACGGAUAUGAGCAAUAUGAAUCGUGAAUUAAACAAAGCUCUACAAAAAAUGAAGGAUUCUCUCAGCAAGAAAGAACAUAUUUUAGAGAAGAAAAAAGCAGAGAUUGAAACGAAUCAGAGAGAUAUAUCUGCGCUUAAGCAAGAGCUUCAACAAAUGACGCAAAUGUUGCACACGUACGAGCAGACCAUAUCGGAAAAAGAAGGGAAUAUACAAAGAAUGAAAGCAGAAUUGACUGACUUAAGCCGCAUGCGAGAUAUGAUCUUCGAGCUUACCGCUAAGAAGAAAGAUGAUUUAAAUUCAAGCUAACAUCCUUUUUACUUUAGGACUUUUACUAGUGUACGUGAUAAAUGCGUAUAUAAAUUGGUAAAUGCAAUUUUAUCUUCU